UCUGUUAGUUAAGAUGGUGAUAGAUCCUUUUGUUAUAUAAGCAACCAACCCCCAAGAAUAUUACAUAAUUUUUCUAGCAGAAUUCAUGCGCGAUGCCCUAGUGUAUUUCGUCUUAAUAAUUCGUUUUAUGCGUUGCAAACUACAUCUGGGAUAUGAUAUGAUGAAAUGUUGAAGCCUGUGUUUAUGCCUGAUUUAAAUCUGGUUAAUUGGCGUAGAGAAAUACUUUUAUAAUCUGUCAGGAAUCCUUAGUCAAUGAUGCCAGAAGGGUGACACAUUGAUGGCCCAUGCACCUUUUCAAAUGCAUAAGGUUUAUUAGAAACUUGUUGUCUAACAUACAGCCAUAUAUAUGGCAACAAAAGCUAAGGAUAGCAGCAGUACUUUGUGGAAGGAGAAGAAGGCCACACCCUCUUCAACAACUACCCACAAGCCAGCUAAUCGAAAACCUGCAGCCACCACAAGCUCCAUUGAUAAAGACAAAUCAAUAACGCCAUCCUCGUCAGGCAAAUCAGUCCCAAACUAUCUCAGGCCUACAUUUAGCUCAAGAUCUGAAUCCUUAAAGCUUGGCAAGAAAACUAUCAAUGAAGAUUCCACUCAAAAGCUUCUUAGAAGAAGAUCUUUUGACAGGCCUCCAUCAGCUCUUCGUGCACAAAAAUCACUCAUCUCUCCUGACCCUAAAGAAAGAGUCGCUUCUCGGGACAGACUGGUUCCAAACCGAUCUAAUCCAUCGCCUGUGUCAGCAUCAAGAAUCCAUUAUAAACCUGUAUUUGAAAGGAAUUCCAAGUCUCUUAAGCCUGUAAGAUCUCAGCAACAGCCACCUGUUGCUUCAGGAACAAUAAAAAGGAGCAAAAGUCUAUCGAGGAAUUCCCAUUCAUUGAAACCUCCAAGUGGCAGUAGUACUCCUCAUCAGGAUACAGCUCGAGAUUUGGAUGCUGAAACCAAGCAAGACACGAAUGAAGAACUUUUGGUUCAAGAGGCUGAAGAGACACUUAAUGUUGAGAGGAAUGAGGUACAAGCUGAAAGCGAGGAUGAAGAUGUGAACGAUGUAGAAGAUUCUCAAGCCAAAGAUGGUGAAGAAGAUGAGAAGGUUAUUAAGUCUUCUGAAAUCUCCAAAGUUUCUGAAGUACCAAGUACGCCCCACCAGGAAGUUCAGGUUCAGGAAACUGAAAAUGAAUUGCGUGCAGUUGAAGAUGACAAUAGACAUGAAGGAGAUCAUCAGGAGAAAGAAGAAAGCAACGAUAAUCAAUUACCUAAAGAGGUGAUUGUAGAUGACACUAAGGUUGAGAACGAUGAAGACAAAGAAGAAGAGAAUGCUGUUAGUUCUUCUGAAGAAGCUGUAGAAGAAACGAAGAAUGAAGGAAGCGAAGAGCUUAAGUUGAAGGAAGGAUCAGAAGAUGUAGCGGAAGGUGUUGAAGAAGGAAAUCCUGAUGUCGGUAAUGCAAUGCAAAAGAAGCAAGGAGGACAAGGGAAGAAGGAAUCACCAGCAGCAUACAAUGAUGUGAUAGAGGAGACAAAGAAUAAGCUACUUGAGAAGAGGAAAAACAAGGUGAAAGCAUUGGUUGGUGCAUUUGAGACAGUCAUAGACUAUGAAACUGCUGCAGGUUCUAAUAAAUGAUCAAGAAUCUAGACUGAUCAAGACAUGUUUGUAUCAGAUUGGCCAAACUGAAGCCUUGGAGUACUGACAAAUUCAAAAGGAGAUUGUCAAUAUGUUGCUAAUGUUUCCUUGCAGUUUGUGGGUACCGUUUGUUUUAACUGUUUUAGCAAAGCAUGACUUUGUGCUGGACUUUUAUAUACAUUAUAUAUACACUUUGUUUCUAUUUAA